AUGAGCAGCAGAGCUCAGGUCGUGGCAUUUGCGUCGGGCUUCGAAGAGUUGAUUUUGUUCAGAAUGCGUCUCGUCAAACAUGAGCCUUUGGAGGCAACCAACUUUUUGGCUGCUCGCAACGAUUUGAUGAUGUCGUGGGCUUUGUGGGGUCCGGCCAAGGUGAUUUUCAACGGGCGUGGACGGCGUUUAUCGGCUUUCCAAGUACUGUCAGUGUGUCUCCACGUUUUUUCAAUCACAUUGGUGUCUAAUACCGCAGCGCCCACCAGUUUUUCGCCAAGCUCUUUGUCAGCGGCGUUGGUAGCAGCUUCGUCUUUAGCCCCUGUUGCAAAUUCCGCCACCACAGUAAACUUCUUGUCUUCCUGUUGUUUGACUUCUUUGGCGAUUUCAGCAAAAGAUGUGGAAUGUUGGUGGUUUCAGUCAUCAGUGGACAUUGGGCCGCGCAGAAGGAAAUUUAA